AUGGCAUCUAGCCCUCUCUCCCUCCGGCAGCGCCAGAUUGCCGCAAUUGAGAAUAUAUUAAACCUGAACCAGGAAAUUCCGCAUCAGAAUGGGCUCCAGGGAGAUGCCGCCAUCGGGAAGGAUGGCCUCAUACCUCGUGCCGCCCCCCUACUAAACGAGGACGGUGACCCGGUGUGGAAGAUCCUUGUUUUUGAUAAUCUCGGGCGUGAUGUCAUUAGCAGUGUCCUCCGUGUAAAUGACCUUCGAAGCUGGGGAGUCACAAUCCACCUUAAUUUGAAUUCUCGUCGCUACCCCAUUCCAGACGUCCCUGUUAUAUAUUUGGUUGAACCAACCGCUGAAAAUAUUAAGAUGAUUACUUCCGAUCUGUCAAAAGGCCUCUACUCCCCCGCAUAUGUUAACUUUCUCUCCUCCGUUCCCCGGCCUACCCUUGAAGACUUUGCUGCGGAGAUCGCCUCUAGCGGAACAGCAGACAAGGUUGCGCAGAUCUACGACCAAUAUCUAAAUUUUACUGUUGCAGAGCCGGAGCUAUUCAGUUUAGGAAUGGGGAAGGAUACAUACUGGAAAAUCAAUAGUGCAACUACCAAAGAUGAAGAGCUGGAUGCUGUUGUGGAUAGAAUCGUCAGCGGUUUGUUUAGUGUCAGUGUUACAAUGGGAUCGAUACCCAUCAUCAGAUGCCCCAAAGGCGGUGCAGCCGAACUGAUAGCCGCGAAACUCGAUCGAAAACUUCGCGAUCAUAUCUUAAAUUCCAAGGAUAACCUCUUUUCCGGUAAUAAUCAGCGACAGGGAGGCGCCCUGCCCUCAAGCAGACCUGUUCUCAUAAUCAUCGAUCGAAACGUUGACCUUGUUCCCAUGCUUUCCCACUCAUGGACCUACCAGUCGCUUAUUCAUGAUGUCUUGAAAAUGCAUCUGAACCGCAUUACGGUAGAGUCACCCGUCGACGAGUCGAAUUUAGCCAAGGGGACCACAACCAGAUCUUACGACUUGAACGUUAAUGACUUCUUUUGGAAUCGAAACGCAGGAGUCCCGUUCCCCCAGGUUGCUGAAGAUAUUGAUGCCGAAUUAACUCGGUAUAAAGACGAUGCAAACGAGAUCACCAAGAAGACGGGGGCGUCUUCAAUCGAAGAUCUCAACAUUGAUGCUAGUGCAUCUGCUCAGCAUCUGAAAACCGCCAUCACACUCCUUCCGGAGCUACGUGAACGGAAAGCUCUUCUGGAUAUGCACAUGAACAUCGCUACCGCCUUACUCAAGGGGAUCAAAGACCGCCAGCUUGACAACUUCUUCCAACUUGAAGAAAAUAUCAACAAACAAAACAAAGCGCAGAUGCUUGAGAUUAUAUCAGACACCGAACGUGGGAACAACCCCGUCGAUAAACUGAGAUUAUUCAUAAUUUGGUUCUUAAGCACAGAAUCGGAUUUAUCUCGUGCAGAACUGAAUAGCUUUGAGGAAGCACUGAAACAAGCUGGCUGUACUGAUAUCAGCCCCUUAGCUUACGUGAAGCGCGUACGAGAAGUUACCCGAAUGACAAUGAUGUCGACAUCAACAUCAACAGCGCCCCAGCAGCCGUCAUCCGAUCUUUUCCGGGGCUUUUCCUCCCUCUCCAACCGCCUCACAGACCGUAUCACGGCAGGCGCCCUUGGCGCAAACUUCGAUUCGCUUAUCUCGGGCGUCAAAAACUUCCUCCCUGCCAACAAAGACCUCACCAUCACGAAGAUUACGGAAUCAAUCAUGGACCCAUCGGCAGCGUCCAGUUCGACUAUAGCGCUCACAGAGAAUUACCUCUACUUUGACCCACGGAGUGCAAACGCUCGCGGUGCCAUGCCACCUUCGGUUGCAUCCACACGCAACGCCCAGUCUAGUGGGACGACAACGAUUGGAACAAGUGCAACAUUUGGCCAGAGACGCCAGGCAUUCAAUGAAGGUAUUGUCUUCACUGUCGGUGGCGGCAGCAUGGACGAAUACGGCAAUUUGCAGGAUUGGGUGCAUCGUACUGGGGGCGGACAGGCUGGAGCAGGCAUCUCUGGAGGAAAUGGAGCAAACGCCGGUGCCAGUGGUACAUCUAAUUCCUCUGGUCUUAAUCCCGGGAGAAGGGUUGUAUAUGGUAGUACCGAACUCUUAAAUGCUGACGACUUCCUGACGGAGGCUCUUGGGAAACUUGGACAAGAGAGCUGA